AUGUUUACAAAAGUACUGCUCUCUACACAUCAUACCCAUAGUGGUUACAGUGAUGAUACUCUCGCUGCCUUGAAAAAUGUCAGUUUUACUCGAGAAGUUGAUCAAAGAAUUGGGCUUUGUGGUUUUGAUAAUCCAAUGCGAGAUCAAAAAACUGAUGAACUGAAGAGACACAUUGGACAAGGUGUCAAAAUAAAAAUGGAUGAUGCCGGCAAUAUACUUGUCCGUCGCUAUGCCAAAAGUAAUGUGUACGUCAAAAGUACCGCCAGCAAUGCAAGUGAAGAGACUUCAAUUGGUGCUGAUAUCUUAAAGUUGCCAAAUCAAGCAUUAGAAAGUGAAAAAAUAGUCAAGUUAUUCGACAUGAAAAAAUUCCAGUCGAACGUUAUUCGUGAACUCCGACGCGCUUAUCCUGAUCGUCGUCGCUUAGAGACUCAAUGCCUUUCGGCAGUGGCCUUUGUCAAGUCUGAGAAUGACAUUUUGGAGUGCCCCAUAUGGGUGCUCAUUGUAAAUGUGGUAGCUAUGGACAUGCUGAAGAGCAAAAUGCCACCAGUACAACGUCCUAUGAUGGUUGAUAUCAAAAAUCGUCCACGAAUUCCAAUACCAGAUGAGGAUCCAUACAGCGUAGCUGGAAAUGCAAGCGGUGGCAGUUCAGGCAGUUCUGGUUUCGGUGGUAGUGGAAAUAAUAGCCACCAACAGUCAGUUAAUGGUAGCAUUGUAAAUGGCAACAGCAAUAAUUCCAGUAGCAUCGGCACUAUGCAAUUAAAUGGCAACAGCAAUGGCAGCACUGGUGGACAUGUUGCAGCUACACGCGAGCAACUAUUGCUACAGACUCAACAACUGGCACACAAACGCAGUGAAAAGCCACCAAAACUACCACCAAGGGAUAAUAUAUACUCACAUGAUUUGAUUCCAAAGCCGGACUAUGAUGAUAUUGAUGUGGAAAGUAGAAUCAAAUUAUCUCGUGGCAAAUCAGAUAAAGGAAAAGAUAAUAAAAAAUAUGAUGAUCCUUACUAUUGUGGCUUACGUGCACGAGUACCAAAUUUCGUAAAAUCUUCAAAAUCGGCCAAAGACCACAAAGAUGGACAUCCUUUGAACAGCAGCAGCAACAACGGUAGCAAUAAUGCCAUGAGCACACUCUCACAAAAGAAGACUUCGAUGAUGCACAUGCCAAUGCAUGCACCGACUCCACCACAUAUGCAUCCACACCACAUACAACAGCAACAAAUGAUGGCAGUAGCAGCAGCACAUGCAGUACAUCAUCCAGUAGCAGCACAUCAUCACCAUCACCAGAUGUGGCCAUCACGCAAUUUCGACAAUAAUGGCGCUUUAGGUAUUUAUAAUUCAAUAACACCGACCUAUCACGUGGACCACGCGUACAAUCAAACUAUCGCGGACUCUAUGCACGGACAUGGACGAACUAAUGGACAUAUAAAUGCACAAGCAACAACACAUGCACAUUUACCCAAACAAAUACAAUAUCGACAACACCAUCGGCAUCAUAGUCGUAGCUGUAGACGUACACAGCAACAGCCCCCGCUCUCACCGCCCAGUCGCCCACGCACUAGCCAUAAGCAAGUAAAUUGUAACUGUGUUAGUUGCUAUACAUUGGCACCACUUUUUGGUGCAGUCACACCAGCUCGACCUCCACGUAGUCUUAGUCAACAGCAACUACGUCAACAUCAUCUGUUAAGCGGUAGCUUGAAUGAAGCACCACCGCCUAAGGGGCUAGUUAAGUGGUGCAGUGAAAGCGAUAUAUCCGAACUAGAUCGCAGUGGCUUUGACGAUGAUUAUGAUUAUAGUAAAAACUAUGCUUACUAUGGCAACGAACAAAGUUGCAGCUACGAUGAAGACUUUGACUUUGACUUGAAUAUGGAUUUUGAGGAUGAUGUAACCUACGCACGUCGCUUUACAAAACCAACGCUGAAGGAACAUACCUACAAGGAUCACGAUGUAAAGCAUAAUGGCGAGUUUAUUUAUGGCAAUCGCAGGAAUGAAGAACUCAGUUUAAGUGACAUAUACUUAGAUAAAACUAAACUCAGACAAUUACGUUCACCAGCGCCACCACAACCACCACAGGAGUUGAGCAAUUCAAACGAAAAUGUGAAAAGAAAUGGCACUGCACUCUUGACCACACGCAACAAAUCACAUUCUACAGAAAGUUGUUUCACUGAACAGCCAAACGAAGAAAUUGCGUACAUGUAUGGAGGACGGAAACGUAUAACCAAAGUUCCUUCAGCUGCGAAUAUAUAUGACAGAGUCCGAAACUCUAUUGAUUCGGAUGGCACUUAUGCUAGCGCAAAGUUUAGCACGAAUCUAAAAUCAAAUGAACAACGGACUGCUAAUUCGACAAUGACGACUCAAAAGAGUAAUGAUUCAAAGAGCUCAAAGCCAUUAUUGCCAGCUCCAUGUUGGCGUGGAAAACGCGCUGAAUCCUUUAAAGAACCAAAUAAGAAUGUCAAAGAGCAAAAGAAAAGUUUCAUUAGUAAUAUAUGUUCGGGAACAAAAAUGAAAACCUUAGAAGCAAACUCGCAGCAACAAAAAAAUAAAUCUGACAACAAUAACAAUAAUAAAAACAAAAAUAAUAAUUUGAAUAUCAACGAAAAAAACAAGCAAAUUACAACAGCCCCCACUACGAACCCAUCAAAUAAAACGACUAUGAAUACCACAGUAACUGCCCAGGCAACGACAGCUAAAACAAACACUGACAAGGCGACUCAGGCAAAACACAUACUGCAACAACAACAACCGCAACAUCAACAUCAAAGAGUUAGCCGUCUUGACAUUAGUGACAUGGAAUCCAUUUAUGGUUAUCUGAAACCCAGAAAGCCACGCAGUCUGAGUCUUAAGAAAAUUCAAAUUCUCGACUAUUAAAAGAGAAGAGAUUAUGUGUAAAUGUUAGAGAUGAUGGGGUUAAUCGGGGUAGUGCAAUAAAUACUCGUACAUAUUUAAAAGGUCUUUUUACUAUGUGUUGUUGAAACCCACCUAUAGAGUUAUAUAAAUGCUGUAAAUUUAUAUAUAUGCUUAACUUAAUAUAUAUCCAAUCCUCCCAGUUAAGAAUUCCCUUGCCAUAAUUUUGUAGACCCCGACGCAAUAAAAAAAAUAAUACUUAAUGCUGCUUGUUGUUGU